AUGGGUACAACUGUAUCUCAAGUUCCUUCGCACAAACCAUUUCUUGAAGUUAAACAAGAAUGGACUUGCUCACAAUGCACUACUAACAAUCCUAACUCUGUCUAUCCUAUAUGUGUUGUGUGUACCGAAAAAGAUUCGAAUUUUCCCAUGCCUCAGUCAACAGUUUCAUCAACAACAUCCUGGCGUUGCGAUCUGUGCUCCUUCGACAAUGAAGCUGCUCGUCAACAUUGUACUAUAUGUGGCAAAAAGCGAAUCAAACUGAACAAACGAGAACUCCAUUCGGCCAAUACAAGAAUAAUGUCCGCCAUGAGACCCAAGUCAGUUUCUGUUCGUAAUCGUCAAGAGAUGGAUGAGUCAAAUGCAGAAAAAAUAGCUCGUGAUGCAAUCUUAUUUUGUCAGCAGAAUAAAGUUACUUUUGUCGAUGAUCAAUUUCUACCUUCUGCUCGUUCUUUGGGUACAUCGCAAACGGAUCACAUGACACGGUGGUUGCCACUUGCUGAGAUAGCACCGUCAACACGCGUUGAUGGUCAUCUACCUUGGACAAUCUAUAAUUCUCCAGAACCGCACGAUAUUCAUCAAGGUAAACUUGGAGGCCGUACAGCUGAAGGUCUUCAACUAUUAACUGGCGCGCCUUGUGAUCGUAUCAAUCUCCAUCCAUCAAAUGAGGUGUUAGAUUUUGAUAUUAUUUGGGCUAAACUUCUAUCAGCUUGCGAAUCAAAACUCUUAAUUGGUGCAUCAACUGGUUGUUCAGAAAUCGGUCGAUACGAGUACGAACGUGUUGGACUAAAUCCUAAUCAUGCAUUUACUGUCUUGGUAACUAAAGCAUUGCCCAUCGGUGAUGGUCGUUUUCUACUUGUGCGUGAUCCACAUGGAACAACGGCCUAUUCGGAAGCUUCGAUCACACCAUUCAUUCGUACAUAUUUACGUUCAAUUCAUGAUGAAAUGUCGAAUUCUUCUGGAAUUUUCUGGAUAACAUGGUUAAGCUUCUUGCAUUAUUUUGAUUCAAUAACUAUUUCAACCUAUGUCAGUAAACAUUUCGAUAUUCGUGAAGAAGCUCAAUUUACUCGAUCGCCAAUAGAACCAGUUCCUGUCUAUUAUUUUACAGUGUCAAAGUAA